GCCCUCCAAGCCUCGGCGUGACUCACGCCAGAGUCCGUUUGUGUUGUCAGCUGUGAUGGCUGAAUCUCGGAGGGUUCAGUUGACCACGUUGUCCUGUGAUGUAGGCCUACCUUCAUCCCCUGUAAAGCCGGCCUCGACCCAAAAGCCUCCGCCAGGUGUUCAACGGGGGAAAGAAAGCGGCCCAGACCAGCCCGAGGACACCAAAACAGUCCGGCUGAUGCUCACUUUAUUCGAGCCUGACGAGAGCAACUUUCCGGAGUUCAGCUACAGUCAGCUCAUUGACAGCGAGGACACUGAAGUCACACUGAACAGAUUCGAAGAAGAUGAAAAGAGAGAAAAUGAUGAGGUUGCUGCUAUUGCAAGGAAGUUGGAGGAAAAAUAUGGUGGCAAACCUAAGAGACAGAAGGACCGCAUUCAGGACUUGAUCGAUAUUGGCUAUGGUUAUGAUGAAGAGGAUUCUUUCAUUGACAACUCUGAGGCUUAUGAUGAAUUCGUGCCAGCUUCCAUCACAACUAAAUUUGGUGGAUUCUAUAUAAAUUCGGGCAUACUGCACUUCCGCCAGGCUUCUGAAACCGAGGACCUCACCACAGAAGAGAAAACGCCUCAGUCCUCAAAAAAACGUAAAAUCAGUGGCAGACAGGAUAAGACCAAAAAGAAACGCUGCAGAGAAGCUGGAGAGAUGAUAAGCAAUGCAGAUCUAAAAUCAAGCACUUUGUCUGAAAUUGGACCGAAUGAUGAGAUGAAGAAGAAAAAGAAAAAAAGGGCUGCUGGCACAUUAAGCGUCACCAGCAUGUUGAAGAAGUUUCAAAGAGAGAAGGAGAAGGAACGACAGAAGAUGGAGAAGAUGAACCCAAGGCCAGCUGCGUUCAUGGGCGCAGUCACUAUCCCUCUGUGCCCGGCAGAUGCAGCUGGGGGUGGAGGUUCAGGACUCACUGACCCUCUCCUCAGUUUAAUUGGAUCAACCAACGACCAUGCUCUAAUCCAAGCAGCCAACACAGCGGUUUUUGAUAUUGAUUUAGACUCUUUAUUAGACGUCAGUGAAGGGACUUUAUCACCAAAGAUGGCUCCUCAACCUGCAACAGAGCUUUUCACACCCAAAACAGAUGAUUCGAUCCUGAUCACUCCCAGUCUUACCCAGUCUGAUGCUGCUCCAGAGGUCCAACCUCCAAAUUCAAAGAGUAAUUUGCAGCUUCAGCCUCAUUCAGAGGAAGUCCAGCUCCUGACACAAACUGGUUUUACCCCAUCUCAUCAGUGUGUCCCGUUGCCAGAGGGACUCCCCCCAGAACUGGAAGACAGCAUUCGAAAACUCAUGGUGAUUGCCAAGACCUCAGAGGGAGAGUCAAAACUCAAGUUCUUCACUCCGGAGAUCAACUCAGUCCUGUUAGAAAUUGAGUUGCAGUGUCGGGAACAGGGCGGCCAGUUGCGCUCCAGAGUGUACACACACCUGUCAUCUUUCCUGCCCUGCAGCAGAGAGACACUCCUCAAACGUGUGAAGAAACUUUUACUCACACACAUGAAGGAGGAAACCCCUGACAUGAAAGAUCCUGUGCAGAAACUGAAGGAGGCCAUCGGUAAAGCUAUGCCUGAGCAGAUUGCAUGUUUUCAUGAAAACUGCCGUGCGUAUGAUCAAAUCAAGACUUCAAAGGAGGAGGAGAAAGACGGCAAACAGAAGGUAAACGUAGGCUCAGAGGACAACGUGGAGGACAAAGGUGGGAAAAGAGGAGGUCCAAAGAAGUUGUUCAAAUGGAACGAAGAAAUCAGUGAGAGUUUGUGUGAUGUGUUACGGGUGAAAAUGGAGAGAUACGAAAAGGAAAGGAAAGGGAGUCAGGAGAUGGAGGAGUACCUGAAGACCUUGUUGGACAAUGAGGUCAAACCGCUUUGGCCAAAAGGGUGGAUGCAGUCUAGGGUGCUGCUAAGGGAGAGCAGGAAAAUGUUGAGCCCCUACACAUCAUUACCAGUAAAGAAGGCCCGGCCUGAGAAGAGGCAGCCAGCUAUCGCUGGCCCUCCAGCUAUAUUGGAUGGCUGCACUGUUCUCCAGGGCUCUCCACCAGUGAUAGGACCCCCACAAGAAGCAGACAAUGUCUUUAUCAAGAGCUCAAAUAUCUCCAAUUCUAUGCCACUUGGAGCUGAAAAGAAGGAAGCUGCUGUCUUGAUAAAAAUGGAGGGUAAAACAGGAGGAGAGGUGGCAGUAGAUGCUGGUUCCUCUACACCUGCAGACAAACCUCUGAUCACCACUACAUCUGCUCCAACAAAUUCCCCUCUGGAUCUCCUUGCUGAUCAAGCGCUGGCUCGGGAACAACCUUUUCCAGUUCCCCAGGAGCUCCUAUCAGUAGCUGUUGCAAAAUACAAACGUUCAGUUCAGCACUGGAGCUUUGGGGUGGACAUUAAUAGUCCUCCUCUUCCUCCUCCGCCUCCUCAGUCCAGCCCAGUCGGUUUCCCACUCAGUGGAGUCUGUCAUGGUUUGCCCCAGCUGCUGCAGGCUAAAGACUUUGCCCGGCCCAUGGAUGGUCAUGUGCAGAUCAUCUCUGAUGAUGAUGACGUCGUUAUUAUACCGUGACAACUCCUAAUGCAGACACACACUGUGAGUGGUUUCCUUGCAGAUGGACUGGACACAUGAUGGGAUUCUACUGUGAUAAUGACACUUUGACUCACUUGUAUUUGAAAGGCUUUGUUUAAAAUGUGAAUUAUUUACUUUGGAUAAUAAAUAAUUAAGGGCUUGCAUGUUGUGUAGCCUUAAGUUUUAAAA